UAAUUGUGUUUUCUAUUAUUCGACUUUGUGAGACUUGUAAACCUUGAACUUGGAAUGGUUGACAAUUAGCUAUAUAACCUUACUUUUUUCUAACAUAACCUUGAACUGAGAGAUUUAAAAUAUAAUUUGCAAAAUACACUAUGCCCGUGGAUCACAAAAGAAUCAACGGUCCGGAAAUUUCAAUUCCGUACCAACUAUUCGACAAAUUAAAUACAAAAUCGUUGAAAACCCAAUUCAGUGAAAUAGUGCAGCCGAAUGGGACACGAGCCGAUGGCAGGACAUCAACCGAACAUCGAAAAAUAUUCUUGAAAACUGGGGUUGUUAGCCAGGCCAAAGGCUCAGCGUACAUUGAAUUAGACCAAACCAAAGUAAUCGUGUCUGUAUUCGACCCCCGCGAGAUACCCAACAAAACUGACUACAGUUCCAAGGGCGAAAUCUACUGCGAGUUUAAAUUUGCACCCUUCAGCUGCCACAAACGUAGGUUGCACCAGCAAGACGCUGAGGAACAACAGUUCAGUGCUAUUAUGAAACAAGCGUUGGAAUCGGCAGUAUUCAGGCACGAGUUUCCGAAUUUUCAAGUCGAUAUUUACGCAAUGGUGCUGCACAAUGAUGGGGCUGCUCUAAGUGCGGCUAUCACGGCAGCUGGGGUCGCCUUAGCACAUGCUGGGAUUCCAAUGUAUGAUUUAAUAACGUCAGUGACUUUAGCUGUGCAAGGGAAUCAUCUUUUGGUCGAUCCAACUUUAGAAGAAGAACGUUUAUGUCAAGUUCCUCUGUUUAAAGAAGAGGAAAACAAUCACGGGAUUGUUGUGCUGUCGGUUUUAGCGACACAUGAGCAAAUUUCACAAUUUUAUCAGAGUGGAUAUUUGUCGUACGCUUGCUUGAGUUCAGGCAUUGAGAUGCUUACUAAUGCUGCUAAGGACAUCGUUACUUUAGUUAAGAAAUGUCUUGUGAAACAUGUUAUUAAGAGUGUAAGAAUUGUUGAAGAUUAAAGAAAUAAAUUAUAUUUUAUUUAAA